GUUGGCACACAUAGCUGCGUGUGCGCUCUUUGUGUCAAAACACGCAGUGAGUGAUUGUGAGACUGACGUUAACAAAGGAAACUUUACGCUGAAAGCACAAGUUCACACUGUUAUGGAUCUCUUCUUCAUAAACAAAAGGAUCUGUCUCAUCACCUUAAGUUUUGAGGAUUUUUAACUGUUGACAUUUCUUUCUUUUUUUCCCUUUUUUUUUCUUUUUAUGUUGUCAAGGAAGUUGUCCACGUGGGUAUAAGUUGCUGAUUGUUUAUCUGCAGGCAGGGAUUGUUAGUUGGUGAAGGGCUCCUUUCAGACACAGUCAUGGUGCUCAUUCUGGGUCGCCGUGUGAUUCAUGAGAACUCUGGUGGUAUGCCAGAAUCCCCUGCAGUAAAACGGAAAGUCUUGGAGAUGGAGUCAAAGAACUUUAAUGACGUGUUAAACUUCUCUUCUGGUUCUUCUCAUGCUGAGAGCGUUCUCCAGGUCUUCAAUGAGUUCCGUGACAGUCGUCUCUUCACAGACGUGAUCAUCAGUGUCCAGGGUAGAGAGUUCCCAUGUCACCGUUCUGUGCUGUCAGCCUGCAGCAGCUACUUCCGUGCCAUGUUCUGCAACGACCACCGGGAGAGCCAUGAGAUGCUGGUUGAGAUCAACGGAAUUCAGGCAGAUGCCAUGGACACUUUCCUGCAGUAUGUUUACACCGGUCGUGCCUGCAUCACCACAUACAAUGUCCAGUUCCUCUUUGAGACCUCUAGCCUCUUCCAGAUCAUCACUUUGCGAGAUGCUUGCACAAAAUUCCUAGAGGAGCAGCUGGACCCCUGCAACUGUCUUGGAAUCCAGCGCUUUGCAGAUGCUCAUUCUCUCAAACAGCUGACCAGUCAUUGCCGUGGCUUUGCCUUGCAGAAUUUUCCAGAGGUGGCACAGCAUGAGGAGUUUCUAGACUUGCGCAAAGAUGAACUGGAGGAAUACAUAGCUAGCGACGAGCUGUCCAUUUGCCGGGAGGAAGUGGUGUUUGAGGCGGUUAUGCGUUGGGUUUACCACGAUGUGGAAUACCGCAGGCCCAUGCUUAAAGACUUGCUACAACAUGUUCGACUGCCUCUCCUGCACCCAAACUACUUUGUUCAAACGGUGGAAGGAGAUCAACUGAUCCAGAAUGCUCCAGAAUGUUACCAGCUGCUGCAUGAAGCACGUCGCUACCAUGUACUUGGGAAUGAGAUGAUGUCACCACGUACCAGACCCCGCAGGUCAACGGGUUUCUCUGAGGUCAUCGUGGUAGUGGGGGGGUGUGAGAGAGUGGGAGGGUUUAAUCUACCGUACACAGAGUGUUACGACCCCGUGACUGGAGAAUGGACGUCUCUUGCUAAACAUCCCGAGUACACAAAGUCCGAAUAUGCUGUCUGCACCCUCCGCAAUGACAUAAUUGUGUCAGGUGGACGCAUCAACAGCAGCUAUGUGUGGAUGUAUAACUCGCAGCUCAACCUCUGGAUCAAAGUGGCCUCUCUCAAUAAGGGUCGCUGGAGACAUAAAAUGACUGUCCUGCUAGGGAAGGUGUAUGCAGUUGGAGGUUAUGAUGGCCAGUGUUGUCUCAGUAAUGUGGAGGUGUAUGACUCCUUCUCCAACCGAUGGACCGAGGUGACCCCUAUGAAAGUAGCUGUCUGCUCCCCAGCAGUGACCAGCUGUGUGGGAAAAUUCUUCGUAAUUGGAGGAGAACCCAAUGAAAACAGCUGCUCCAAUAAGGUCCAGUGUUAUGACCCAGAGACAGACAGCUGGCAGCUGAGGGCUUGUGUUCCCUUCACCAAACCCAACAUUUCUGCUGUGUCUCUCAAUAAACUCAUCUACGUAUGUGGCGGCCUGACCAAGUCCAUCUACUGCUACAAUACUUCAGAGGACCACUGGACACAUACGGUCAACACCUUCAGCAGACAGGAGAGCUGUGGUAUGUCAGUUUGCAAUGGAAAGAUCUACAUCCUGGGUGGGCGGGGAGAGAACGGCGAUGCCUCUGACAAUAUCCUGUGCUACGACCCUGCCUCUGGCAUCAUCACAGGUGUGGCUGCCAUGCCCCGCCCCAUCUCUUACCACGGCUGUGUUACCAUACACCGUUUCAGCGAGAAACAACACAAACCCUGACAGCAUCCACAGACACACUGCAAGCUGGAUGUUUCACCAUCUACAGUACUGCUUCAAUUUUAAACUCAUCCUCACAAAGCCAGAAGUGAUCUGUUAAAUAGUCACAUAUAAUUUAUAUUGAUCUCCCAGUUAGACAGUUAAUACAUAUAUAUUGAUAUAUGGGUAGUUGGCACAUAGCAUGCCAAUUGACUUUUUUAUCAGCAUCAAAAUGUUUGGUUAAAAGUUUUAUGAAUACUUAAGUGUUUAUUUUAAAUGUUGUGGCUGGUCAAGUUUUUCCACAAUUUGUAAUCACCUUUUUACCUUUUAAAUGGUCAUACAGUGUCACAAAUACAUUUUUAAAAGGACAAAUAUUCCAUGUAGUCUCUUAAUUAAAGAUGAAAAAUUUAAAAUGCAUGCAGAAUAAUAAUAAUAAUAAAAAAAAGAAGCAAAAAUGCAUUUUUAGAUUUUAGUUUUAGAAAAUUGCAUGCCACACUGCAGGACAUAAAAACUUCCCCAAAGGAUUUAAUGUCAACUACCCAUAAACACAGAUGAGCCAAAACAUUAUGACCACCUGCCUAAUAUGCUGUUAGGUCCUCCACGUGCCGACAAAACAGUGCCAACCUGCCGAGGCUUGGACUCUACAAGACCCCUGAAGGUGUCCUGUGGUAUCUGGCACCAAGACAUUAGCAGCAGGUCCUUCAAGUCUUGUAAGUUGCGAGGUGGAGCCGCCGUGGAUCGGACUUGUUGGUCCAGCACAUCCCACAGAUGCUCAGUCAGAUUGAGAUCUGGGGUAUUUGGAGGCCAGGGCAACACCUUGAACUAUUCAUCAUGUUCCUCAAACCAUUUCCGAACAAUGUAUGCAAUGUGGCAGGGCACAUUAUCCUGCUGAAAGAGGCCACUGCCAUCAGGGAAUACCAUUGCAUUGAAGGGGUGUACCUGGUGUGCAACAAUGCUUAGGUAGGUGGCACAUGUCAAAUUGAUGUUCACAUGAAUGGCUGGACCCAGGGUGUCCCAGCAGAACAUUGCCCAGAGCAUCACACUCCCUCCACCGGCUUGUCGUCUUCCCACUGUUCUUCCUGGUGCCAUCACUUCCCCAGGUAAACAGCGUACACAUCCACAGCUGUCAAUGUGAUGUAAAAGAAAACUGGACUCAUCGGACCAGGCGACCUUCUUCCACUGCUCCAAGGUCCAGUUCAGACACCCGCUUGCCCAUUGUAGGCAUUUCCAACAGUGGACAGGGGUCAUGAUGGGCACUCUGACUGGUCUGUGGCUACGCAGCCCCAUACACAUCAGGGAGCGAUGUACUGUGUGUUGUGACACAUUCCUCCAGUAACCAUCAUUAAAAUUUUCUGUGACUUGUGCCACAGUAGACCUUCUGUUGGUUCGGGCCAGACGGGAUCGCCUUCGUUGCUCUUGCGCAUCGGUGAGCCUUGGGCGCCCAACACCCUGUCGCCAGGUUGUGGUUUGUCUCUCCUCGGACCACUAUUGUUAGGUACUCGCCACUGCUGACCUGGAACACCCCACAAGCCCUGCCAUUUCAGAGAAGCUCUGACCCCGUCGUCUGGCCAUAAAAAUUUGGCCCUUGUCAAAGUCACUCAGGUCUUUACUCCUGCACAUUUCUCCUACAUUCAACACGUUGACUACAAAAACUGAUUGUUCGCUUACCAUCUAAUCUACCUAGACCUUGACAUGUGGCCUUGUUAGGAGGUGAUCAACGUUAUUCGGUUCACCUGUGAGUGGUCAUGAUGUUUUGGCUCAUCAGUGUACACCCACACACAGAAUUUAGAACUGUAUUAAACUGUGCAUGUUGAUUUCACCAUCAUCAUGCUAAAGCUGUUUAAAAUUGUUAUCUGUGAGACAACAGUUACUUCAAAACACUGGAAGUGUGUAAAUCCUCCCCAUCCUCAUAACUUAAACUACACCUGCAGACUGGUCACACCUUCCAAGAUUGUAUCAAAUAUCUGAUGGAUCAAUAUGUUUUUCUAGAUGCUGUGAUCUAGAAAAUCUUUCUGACUAUUUCUGACAUACAUUUAUGGUAAUUUUUGUACCUUUUAAACGUACUUUUUUUAACUUAUUGUUUAUGCCUUUAUUAAUCGUUUUAUUUGUAUGCUAUUUUUAAUGUUAUUUUGUGGUGUUUUAUAGCAUUAGUCCUGUAUUUUGACAUUGUGUGGUUGACUUCUUGUUGUAUAAGUCUGCAGACAGAAACAGAGGUUUUGACUGGUGGAAUUUGGGGUAGUUUAGUAUUUUAAUAAGCCUUUCACUCUUCUACAUCAUAUUGUUAUGCUUUUGAGCUUACUAACCGACAAAACGCUUACUGCAUUAGCUGUAAGGGGUUUUCUUAUAGAAGGUUUUUGUGUUCUAAGCAACAUUUUCUCAGAAAUGUAGCAGUUGAUUGAAACCUAAGGCAGUUCUGAUUUUGAAAUGUCAGUGUUCUUUUGGGUUCUCAAUGAACCAUACAGCUGUGAAUUGACUUUUUCCUUUUUGUGUCAUAUCUGUAUUUAAGUGUCUCAGUAUAUUUAGUGUGACAACCAGGACGUGCCUUUCUGAUAAGUUUUUUUUUUUUUUUUU